AUGGAUAUGUUGGGUUUGGGCGUUGAAAGCGUCGGCAAUUUUGUGUAUCAGCAAGAUGGUGCAGCGUGCCAUACCUCAAAAAAGGCUAUAAAAUGGAUGGAAGAAAAUAAUGUACCACUUUUGAAAUGGGUUUCUAGCAGUCCAGAUCUGUCACCUAUUGAAACUUUGUGGCAUGAGAUGAAAAAGGUUCUACGACAACAUCCUGCUCUCAUUAGGAAAAUGGAACUCAACCGAGAACAUUUUCGCGCCAUAAUUUAUUACAACUUUCAGAGACAAUUAUCGCAACAAGAAUGCCUUGCUGAGUUACUGACUGUUUUCGGCAACGAUGCGCCAUAUCAUUUUAGCGACGAUCCCAGGGUGGGUGCAUCAAAAAUGGCAGUCACCCAGGAAAACGUCGAUGCUGUGCGCAAACUCAUCAUUGAAGAUAGACAUACCUCAAUUCAAAAAAUUUUACAUGAAGGACUUGGAGUAAGAAAAUUAGUUUCUCGUUGGAUACCCCACCUGUUGACUGAAGAGCAGAAACUAGCCAGGGUUAAUUGGUAUCAAAAAACGCUUGACCGAUUCAAUUCCGGAAACUCAAAAAAUGUGUACAGCAUUGUUUGUGGUGAUGAAUCGUGGAUUUACUGUGAAGAAAAGCCAACAAAAGUCAUCCGUUCUCGAAGUGUUUCGAAAAAGAUGGUGGCGACAUUUGUGUCAAAAGCGGGUCAUAUUGUAACAAUUCCUCUUAAUGAGCAAAUACCUGUUACUGAGGAUUGGUAUACCACCAUUUGUUUGCCAAAAGUCAUGACCGAGCUUCGAAAAAUUAACCUCGAAAGAAGAAUCAUCCUACACCAAGACAAUGCAAGCUCGCGCACAGCCCAAAAAACAAGGCAGUAUUUAACGGAAGAAAACGUGGAAUUAUUGGGCCAUCCUCCAUAUAGUCCCGAUCUAAGUCCUAAAGAUUUCUUUACUUUCCCAAAAAUUAAAAACAGACUGCGUGGUCAAAGGUUCCAGUCACCAAAAGAAGCAUUUGACGCAUUCAAAUAUGCCGUUUCGGAUCUGCCAGCAAACGAGUGGAAUAAGUGCUUCGAAAAUUGGAUCCAGCGCAUGCAAAUAAUGCACAGUUUGUCAUAG